AUGGCUACUGCUUGCGACAACGAGGCUCCUGUUUGCCCCGAAGGUCCGGCAAUCCCGGUCUCCUGUCAACAACCUGGAAACAAUGAGAAGAUAGCCAUCAAACUCGAUGGCGUGGCAAAGACUCUUCUUAUACCGCUUAUUGCUCGCGUCUACGACAACACCCUCCCUUUGCCCAUUCUCGGCGACCCAUACGCCAAAGACGUCUUAGAGAAAAUCGAGUUUGACGCGGAUGCGAUGUCUAUGACACCUUUACAGAACGGCGGUCUUUGCCUGAGAACAAGCCAGUUCGAUCGAUGGGCAGCGGCAUUCCUCCAGGAUAAUGCCAACACGACGGUUCUCCAUCUGGCGUGCGGUUUUGAUAGCCGUAUGCAACGGAUUGAAUGGGGCGAAACAACUCGAUGGAUCGAUGUUGACCUUCCAGAAGUCAUUGAGCUUCGUAGGAAAAUCCAGCCCGUGUCCUUACCUGGGCGAGACUACUCUCUGAUUGGGGUUGAUGUUCUCGAUGAGAACUGGGUGCAUGAGAUUGGUGACGUUUCCGGGCCGGUGCUAGUUAUAAUGGAAGGAUUGCUCUCCUAUCUCCCUGAGAAAGAUGCGAGAGGGCUUUUACAACGGAUUUGCCAGACGUUUUCAGAAGGGGAAAUGAUGUUCGAGGGAGUGAGCUCUGCCGCGCUCAAACGGAUCAAUCAGCCAGAAACCAUCAAAGCCGUGAGCGACACUGGGGCCGUAUUCCAAUCGACCAUUGACGACCCGAUGGCCUUGGAAGAUCUCCAUCCACAUCUCCAAUUGGCGGAGUCUGUUCCUGUUGUGCAGGCACCAGGCACCGAAAAGCUUCCCCUUCUCGGUCGCAUGCUGAUGUAUUUUGCUUCGUGGUUUCCAAGUGGACGUGAUUCAGCAAGACUCUUGCGCUUUCAAUUCGGCGAGGCAAGGGCGCUCGGAGCAAGCACGACAAUGACUCAGGUUGAGAGGGUUGGCUAG